UGCACCAUUUCCUUGCCCGCACUUUCCUUUCUGCUCAUUUCUUUUAAUUUACUUGCACCAUUUUUGGCGAUGGCUACUUGUUCAGCGGACUUAGCUCCGCUCCUUGGCCCCAACGCCACCGCGGCAGCCGACUACAUAUGCAACAAGUUCAGUGACUCAUCCUUUGCCGUUGACAACACUUACCUUCUCUUCUCAGCCUACCUAGUCUUUUCCAUGCAACUCGGCUUCGCCAUGCUUUGUGCUGGUUCAGUGCGUGCCAAAAACACCAUGAACAUCAUGCUCACUAACGUCCUCGACGCUGCAAUCGGCGGCUUAUUUUACUACCUUUUCGGGUUUGCUUUUGCCUUCGGUUCCCCUUCCAAUGGAUUCAUUGGUCGCCACCACUUUGGAUUACGAUCCGUUCCUUCAUCUUCGUUUGAUUAUAGCAACUUCCUUUAUCAAUGGGCUUUUGCUAUUGCAGCUGCUGGAAUCACCAGUGGCUCCAUAGCCGAAAGAACCCAGUUCGUUGCUUAUCUUAUAUAUUCAUCUUUCUUAACCGGUUUCGUUUACCCUGUCGUUUCUCAUUGGUUUUGGGCGAGUGAUGGUUGGGGCAGUGCUUUCCGAACCGAUGACUUCCUUUUCGGUAGUGGGGUUAUUGACUUUGCUGGUUCAGGGGUUGUUCAUAUCGUAGGUGGUGUAGCCGGUUUAUGGGGUGCACUUAUUGAAGGACCGAGAAUAGGCAGGUUCGACCAUUCGGGUAGGUCAGUUACCUUACGUGGUCAUAGUGCGACCCUUGUUGUUCUUGGAACUUUCAUGCUAUGGUUCGGUUGGUACGGAUUCAACCCCGGAUCAUUCAACAGAAUCUCCCCCUUUUACACCUCGGGAAACUAUUACGGGCAAUGGAGUGCGGUGGGGAGAACGGCGGUGACCACGACUUUAGCCGGAUGCACGGCGGCGUUGACUACCCUUUUCGGGAAAAGGAUCUUGACAGGCCAUUGGAAUGUGACCGAUGUUUGCAACGGUUUACUCGGCGGCUUCGCUGCCAUCACUGCAGGCUGCUCCGUUGUGGAACCAUGGGCGGCGAUCAUCUGUGGGUUCGUAGCGGCUUUGGUGUUGAUCGGUUGCAACAAGUUGGCUGAGAAAGUCAAGUACGACGAUCCAUUAGAAGCAGCUCAAUUGCACGGUGGAUGUGGUGCUUGGGGUGUUAUUUUUACAGCUUUGUUUGCUUCGGAGAAGUACGUGAGGGAAGUUUACCCGAGCAGGCCGGUUCGAUACGGGCUGUUCAUGGGCGGUGGAGGGAGGCUGUUGGCUGCUCAUAUUAUCCAGAUUUUGGUGAUUGUUGGGUGGGUGAGUGCUACAAUGGGGAGUUUGUUCUAUAUCCUUCACAAAUUCGGGCUUUUAAGGAUAUCAGGUGAUGAUGAACUUGCUGGUAUGGACUUGACAAGGCAUGGGGGACUUGCUUAUGUUUAUGAUGAUGAAGAUGAAACUGAAUCACAAAAACAGAGGACUGAGUUGAGAAAAAUUGAAAGUCAUCCUACUCCACCUUCUUCAGUCUAAACUUGUUUUUCUGUAAUUUUCUGUUGUGUAAGAUAAUCA